UGGACCAACAUCCUCGUGGAAUCAGCUCUAGGGCCUCCCCUCCGAGGGCUUCGCUGCCCGGCAGUCAGCUCUCUGGCUGAGAUGGAUGACAGCGGCAUCAACGUGGACCUGAAGCAGAAACUAAACUUCUCCUGCUGCGAAGAAGAGAGUGAGGAUGAAGGGCCGCAGGAAGCCCAGGGCCAGACCCCGGGGAGGCCUGCCCUCGAGGGCCCAGAGACCAAGCUUACCCCUCCCAGGACGCGCCUCAGUCACGCAGGGGAUCCCCACGCAUCGCAGGCCACAGCGAGUCCCGAGCAAUGUCCUCAGACCCCGGAGUCGGGCUCUGUCAAAUGUCCAGAGACGCCUGCUCCGCCCGACAAAUGGAGCCAGCCGCGCCCCUGCGACAGCCCCUUCACUCCCAAGGGCCUGGCGAGCGAGUCGGUGACUUCUACAGGGAAGCUUCCCCCCAAAGGCGCCAAGCACCUAAGACUCACGCCUGUCUCCUUCCCAGAUGAGAUGGCCUCCUCGGCACUAGUCAACAUUAACCCCUUCACCCCGGAGUCUUAUAGAAAACUCUUCCUUCAGUCCAGUGGCAAGAGGAAAACCCGAGGAGAUACUGAGGAAGCGGACCCCAGGGAAGGCAGGACAGAGCAGGGGCUGCCUGCCAAGAGAUGUGUCCUACGAGAAACCAACAUGGCUUCCCGCUAUGAGAAAGAGUUCCUGGAGGUAGAAAAGAUUGGGGUCGGGCAAUUUGGGACAGUCUACAAGUGCAUCAAGAGGCUGGACGGAUGUGUCUAUGCAAUAAAACGCUCGAUGGAACCUUUUGCAGGGUUAUCAACUGAGAAUCUGGCUUUGCAUGAAGUUUACGCUCACGCCGUGCUUGGCCAUCACCCCCACGUGGUACGCUACUACUCCGCGUGGGCAGAAGACGACCACAUGAUCAUUCAGAAUGAAUACUGCAAUGGGGGAAGUUUGCAGGCCGCCAUAUCUGAAAACACGAAGACAGGCAAUCACUUUCAAGAGCCGAAACUCAAGGACAUCCUUCUGCAGACCUCGCUUGGGCUCAAGUACAUCCACAGCUCUGGCAUGGUGCACAUGGACAUCAAGCCUAGUAACAUUUUCAUUUGUCAUAAGAUGCAAAGUGAUUCUUCUCCAGGCCCAGAAGAGAAUGAAAAUGAAGCUGACUGGUUUCUCUCUGCCGAGGUGAUAUAUAAAAUAGGUGACUUGGGUCAUGUGACAUCAAUAAGCAAACCCAAAGUGGAAGAGGGAGACAGUCGCUUUCUGGCUAAUGAGAUUCUGCAGGAGGAUUACCAGCACCUUCCCAAAGCAGACAUAUUUGCUUUGGGAUUAACAAUUGCAGUGGCUGCUGGUGCAGGGUCGUUACCCCGCAAUGGGGCUGCAUGGCAUGACAUCCGAGGGGGUAACCUUCCCGACAUCCCUCAGAAGCUCUCAGAAGAAUUUUAUCGUCUGCUCAAGAACAUGAUCCACGCUGAUCCAGAGGCCAGACCUUCUGCAGCGGCUCUGGCCAGAAGUCGAGCUCUCCGGCCCUUCUUGGGGAAGACGGAAGAGCUGCAACAGCAGCUUAACCUGGAGAAGUUCAAGACAGCCACCUUGGAAAGGGAACUGAGAGAAGUCCAGCUGGCCCAGUCCCCCAAGGAAGACUGGGACCCAGUCUCCGGGGCCCCCACAGGGUUAAGAAGCACCAAAAGACGCCUGGUGGGAAGAAAGACCUCGAAGUCCUCAAGCUUCACCUGUGGCCAGUCCUCCCCAUAAGGACUCCUUUCAGACCAACCCACGCUUCCACCAUCCCCAUAUCAUAGCUUCCAGAAAUGGAUACUGACCAUCUUCUUAUAAAAGGAAAGAUUAACAAACUUGAAUGCCCAAAGCUUUAAAACAAAAUCACUCCUAAUGAGCAUCCACAGCCGAGCCCCUCAGGCUGUAUGAUCUCCUAUUAGCAAUGGUCUCAAGUGCAAUAACCAGCGGCCAUUCUCUCUGCUGUCUACUUCAAAUGCUGCUGUCACCCCCCAGAGAAGGGGGUUCCCCUCCCCUGCUCACUGGUGCACAUGGAGAAGGGAAGAAGCGGUUGCUGUAGCUGACAACCGCCCAAGGACCCCAGACUCUCCGGCACAGGCAGGCAUGCGAUUUUGAGUUAAGCCAACAGCUUACAAGAAAUGUUGCUAGGUCUGGACAGUGCCUCCCAGCUGAUCAGAGGGUACUGCUAAAAGAACCCUCAGCCUCUCUGAGCAUGUGGUUUUCCUAUUGUAUGUUCAGAACGGGGACCACUUCUUCCCUGACACUGCAUUCGUUAGAAAAAUGGCUUCACUAUCAUGUGAGAUGGGUAGAGGUAGGACUUCAUAACUUGACAUUUCUGAGCUGGCUAUUAAUUCACGGACAGCUAGGCAGAGGGCUCAGGGAAGUGAUUUGUUUUUUCCUCAAUCUUAAUUUGCUUAAUUUGCACUGAUCCAUUCUUUGCUUAAUUUG